AUGAUUAUCAACAAGAUCGCCCCUACGCUGGUCGUAGAUUGCUCCGUCGUCAUCAGGCCCCUGAGUAAGAACCCCUUCACCUACCUCGCACAGGCCAAACCUGCGUCUGGUGACGCCAAUCGUCUGCAUAUACAGAAGGACAUGGCAAAGGGCUUCACCGGCAAACUGGUUCAGAAGGUCAACGCGCUCGACAUGGGCAACGGUCUUGGGCCCGCGGCUGAGGCGCCGUUUGGAUUUGUCAAGGAGAGCGUUUACGGCAAGGAGGGCAGUCUGUACGGCCUGGCUGAGUACCAGAGCAUCAAGUCUAUCACUAUCGAUAACCUGGAUUCAUGA